GAGAAGAUCUGCUGUCUAAAAAGGAAAAAAAAAGCGCUGCAUAUUCAGAUCCUCAAUCAGCGUGAAUGGCAUUAACAAAGGAUUCAUCUGCAUGGAUUAAAUGGAUUAUCACAGCUGCCUGGUGGCUGCUGAUUGUUUUUUCAACACAAGAAAUUGAUGGGGGUGAAUAUGCAUAUAUUGAUCCAUGCGGGGGACAGGAUUGUUCAGUUUGUCGGUGCUUUCCAGAAAAAGGAUCAAGAGGUCAGCCUGGUGAGUUGGGAGCUCAAGGUCCCAUUGGAUCCUUGGGAUCUACAGGACCAGCUGGUCUGCCAGGUGAAAAAGGUCAGAGAGGUGAGAAUGGGCAACCUGGGCCAGCUGGAGGAAAAGGUGAUAAGGGUCCCACAGGAGUCCCGGGAUUUCCUGGUUUAAAUGGUGUUCCUGGAUUACCAGGAAGUGAAGGACCCCUGGGUAAACGUGGUUUGGAUGGCUGCAAUGGCUCAAGAGGAGAUCCAGGAUUCCCAGGCGAAAAUGGAUACAUUGGACCAAGAGGUCAUUAUGGAGACAGAGGUGAUCCUGGACCUCCUGGCAUGCCAGGACCUAGAGGAUCAAGAGGUACUACAGGCCCAUCUGGAUACCCAGGCCAACCAGGCUUGCCUGGUACACCAGGUUUCCCAGGUUUCCCAGGUGAACAGGGAAAUCCAGGCAUUGGAGUGGAUGGACAGAAGGGGGAGCCGGGUGAUGUUGGACUUCCUGGGCCACCAGGCUCACCACUGUUAAUUGGACCUCCUGGAGCUCAGUUGUUCAAGGGAGAAAAGGGUCAAAAAGGACUUCCUGGGGUUACGGGAUAUAGAGGACCACGUGGACCUAAGGGUGUAUCUGGGAGAGGAGAAAAGGGUGAAAAAGGUAUUCCUGGAUUCCUUGGAGUACGGGGUAGUCCUGGAUCUUAUGGACCUGCAGGGGUUCCUGGAAUAAAGGGAGAACCAGGAGUUGCUGGUUUUCCUGGACAAGUUGGCUAUCCAGGCGUAAAGGGGGAUCCUGGAGAAAAAGGGCCCCCAGGUCCUCCUGGAACUGUUGGAGCUCCAUUCUUUCCUGUAAAAGGUCUGCAGGGAGAUCCUGGAUUUCCAGGUCCUGCUGGUGAUAUGGGGUCGAUUGGACCACCUGGCCCUGCAGGCCCACUAGGAAGACCAGGAGAUGAUGGAACAAGUCUGCCUGGCCUGCCAGGAACAAGUGGGGUACCAGGACCACAAGGUUUUCAAGGUGACCCUGGUUUCCCUGGAACAGGUGAAUCAACCCCAGGAAGACCAGGAUUUCCUGGGCUGCCAGGAUUACCAGGACAGCCAGGAAGACCAGGAUUACCUGGGCCACCCAGUGUAAUUUGUACUGACAGAGGAGUACCUGGAGAACCUGGAGCAAAAGGUCAGACAGGCCCUCCAGGAAGGAAAGGUGAAAAAGGAGAAAAGGGAAAUCAAGGCCUCUGCUCAUGUAGUCCUGGUCCUCCUGGUGUCCGUGGUAUACAUGGACCUCCAGGUACUCAAGGAAAGAAAGGACAAAUGGGAUACCCUGGAAGAUAUGGAGAAAAAGGCAGUCCAGGCUUAUCUGGUGCAAUAGGAUCACCAGGGCUCCCUGGAACACCUGGUUCUGCUGGGCAAGAUGGUGAAAAAGGAGAGAAAGGUGACCCAGGAAGAAUUAGAAUAAAAGGAAUAAAAGGAGAAAGAGGUCCUAGAGGGAUUCCAGGAUUUCCAGGCCAAAGAGGAAAUUAUGGCAGAGAUGGGGAAUUAGGAUUGCCUGGAGAGAAAGGAGACAAGGGUGACUCUGGAGUACCACUGCUGGGUGACAAAGGGUUCCCUGGGGUCCCAGGGAGUCCUGGGGUGAAAGGACGUAUGGGACUGCCUGGCCUGGGCUUUCCUGGCCCCCCAGGAGUCCGAGGAGUGCCUGGGGACUUCGGGGAUCCUGGUAGUGCUGGGCCACCUGGGCCAAAGGGUCAGAAAGGUGAGACAGUUUGUAUUACUCCACCAUCCCCUGGAAGUCCAGGGCACCCAGGUUUUAAAGGUGCUCAAGGACAAAAGGGUUUAAAAGGACUCCCUGGUCGUCCCGGACCAAAUGGCUUUGAUGGGCAGAAAGGCCAGCCAGGCAGACCAGGAGCAGGAAUCCCUGGGCCGCAAGGCUUUCGAGGAAAAGCUGGUGAUCCUGGUGAUGAGGGUGUAAGAGGAUCUACGGUUGAUGGUAAAAGUGGUCCUCCAGGUCCACCCGGCUUAGAUGGUCAGAAGGGUGUUCCAGGUGAUACCACAUAUGGUCCUCCAGGAAUCCCAGGCUAUAGAGGACCGCCAGGACCACCUGGAGACUGGUCCAUACCUGUGAGCUCUCUGCAGCUGGUCCAUACCUGCCAGCCUGGCACUCCAGGAUUUCCAGGAGCCAAAGGUUUUAGAGGCCCAGAAGGUGGUAUAGGAGUACCAGGCUGUCCAGGCUUCCCUGGUCUCCCAUGUGACAGGGGCUUGCCAGGGCCACCAGGACUCAGAGGUGUCUUAGGCCAACCAGGCGCUCAAGGAUUACAAGGCUUUAAAGGUCAGAGAGGAGACAGAGGCCUUGUAGGACCACCUGGCCUGAAAGGUCUCAAAGGCUCUCCUGGCUCCCCGGGGCCCCCAGGACCUCCAGGCUCCCGCGGAGUUCCAGGAUCUCCUGGGGAUAGGGGAGCACCUGGUUUCCCAGGCCAAACAGGAAGCAAAGGGAUUCGAGGACCUCAAGGAUUCCCAGGACUCCCAGGAAUACAAGGGCCAAUGGGAAUCCCUGGUUUAAAAGGGGAAGAAGGAGAAAUGGGUCUACCUGGACCUGGUGGAGAAUGUGGGGAUUUGGGAAUAAAAGGUGAAAGAGGACCACCAGGAGACAGUGGCUGCAUUACCAUUCGACUUGAGAAGGGACAAAAGGGGGAACCAGGUUUUCCUGGAGAGAAUGGACUUAGAGGUGGAAGAGGUGAAAAAGGCAAUGUCGGUUCCAGAGGCAUCCCAGGAUUUCCAGGGAAAAAUGGUCUCCCAGGACUGCCAGGUGACCAUGGUGACACUGGACUGAUGGGGUUUCCAGGAUCACAAGGUUUUCCAGGACCAAAGGGCUUUAAAGGAAUUAUGGGCUUUCAAGGACAACCAGGUGACCAGGGUGAUGUUGGCUUACCAGGAAUCCCUGGAAAACCAGGAUUGACUGGCCCAAAAGGACCUAAAGGUGAGAAAGGUGAUCCAACUGUUCUGCUUGGUACAUGUGGUCAAAAAGGGCCUCCAGGAGAUCCAGGAUUACCAGGACUCUGUGGAUUCCCAGGAGAGAAAGGUUCAUCAGGUAUCCAAGGGCAACCUGGAAGACCAGGAUCCAAGGGGCAACCUGGAUACCCAGGAAUACCUGGAUUUCCAGGUGCUAUGGGCCCUCAGGGAUUGCCAGGAGAACCUGGAGAAAGGGGGAAACAUGGAUUUUUAGGACCUCCAGGAUUGCAAGGAUUUGCUGGUUCUCAAGGCAGAAAGGGUCUUCCUGGACUGCCCGGACUAGAUGGCUUGGAUGGACUAAAAGGUCAAAAGGGUUCCCCAGGAUCUCCAGGUCAAAGUGAAACAGGGAUCCCCGGAUACUCAGGAGAACAUGGGCCGAAAGGAGACAGAGGUGAACCUGGAUGGCCUGGUAUUUCUAUUCCAGGUCCCCCUGGAGAAAGGGGGUUCCCAGGAUUUCCAGGUAGAAGAGGAGCUGUUGGACCUGCUGGACCUAUGGGAAGGUCUCCUGUGAGUGCUCCUCCUGGUCCUCCAGGUGACCAAGGACCACCUGGUGUAGAUGGCAUCAGAGGUCAGCCAGGGAAUCCUGGCCCUCCUGGAGAGACGGUCUUUGUGCGAGGAGAUCCAGGUGAUGUUGGUUUUCGAGGGGCACCUGGGAUUCCUGGACAGCGAGGGCAACAAGGAGCCAAAGGUCUUCCAGGGAACCACGGAAGAAGAGGCCCAAAGGGUCCUAUGGGAAUCCCUGGCCCACAUGGUCCACCUGGUGCUACAGGACAGGCAGGGGACCAAGGUUUUCAAGGAAAACCUGGUCCUCCAGGUCCCUCAGGUUUCAUAGGUGACCCCGGUGAACCAGGAGAAAUAGAUGACUCAUGCCCUACAAUCCCAGGGCCACCUGGAGAAGCUGGGCAAAGAGGAGAUGAUGGUUCUAUAGGAUUACCAGGGCCGAUAGGCCACCCUGGACCCCAAGGAAGAAAAGGUGAAGAAGGGUCAUGUGGCCUGCCAGGUCAGGAUGGCUUGCCUGGGCCACCUGGGCCUCCAGGGGACCAAGGGAGUACAGGAGAACAAGGAUACACUGGGCCACAAGGUCCACCUGGCCAGACCGGUAUCCCAGGACCACCAGGCCCUCAAGUUAGAUCUGAAAGUGGAUUCUUGCUUGUUCUCCACAGUCAGUCAGACAGAGAACCACUCUGUCCACAGGGGAUGCCAAAAUUAUGGACUGGCUAUAGCCUGUUGUACCUGGAAGGACAAGAGAAAGCUCAUAAUCAAGACCUUGGUCUAGCUGGAUCUUGUCUUCCUAUAUUUAAUACCAUGCCUUUUGCUUACUGUAACAUCAACCAAGUUUGUUAUUACGCCAGCCGAAAUGAUAAGUCUUACUGGUUGUCAAGUGCUGCUCCUCUCCCAACGAUGCCGCUCUCCGAGGAGGAGAUCCGGCCCUACAUAAGCAGAUGUGCCGUGUGCGAGGCGCCGGCGCAGGCUGUGGCCGUUCACAGCCAAGACCAGUCAAUUCCUCCCUGCCCACUGAACUGGAGAAGUCUUUGGAUAGGAUAUUCCUUUUUGAUGCACACUGGAUCGGGUGAUCAGGGAGGUGGACAGUCCCUUAUGUCACCUGGAAGUUGCCUAGAAGACUUCAGAUCUGCACCAUUCAUUGAAUGCCAGGGUCAGCGGGGAACAUGUCAGUUUUUUGCGAACGAAUACAGUUUCUGGCUGAUAACAGUGAUGCCUGAAUUGCAGUUUGCAUCAGCCCCUCUGUCAGGAACUCUCAAAGAAGGACAAGAGCAGAGAAAAAAAAUCAGUAGGUGUCAGGUGUGCCUGAAGCAUGGCUAACAGUCAGGAAGAAA